CUUUCCCUUCCCUUCCCUAAAAAACACAUACAAAUUUCGCACAAAAAUGAAAUAUUGAAAUCUCGGACUUGUUUCAAGCGCCUCUUCUUUCCCCAUUUUCCUUCCCAUCAUUCUUUUUUCUUAUAAUUGGACAAAGCAUUGUCACACUCUUCUUCCUUCCCCCUUUCACGUUUCCUUAAUUAACGGAAUUUUGCAACAUGUUCUAUAGAGGUAAAUAUACCGAUGGUGCUGAUGGGCGUGAAAUGGGUGCAAAGCGUCAGCGGAUAAUUGAUCAAGGCCCUUCAUUCUAUGGAAAUUCUCCAGGUUCAAGCUUCAUGUAUACUGCCCCUCCUCCUCCUUACUCAUAUGUUAGCCAACCUCCACCUUUCCCUGUUGUUCGACUUCGUGGUCUUCCCUUCGAUUGCACAGAGACUGAUGUGGCUGAAUUCUUCCAUGGUCUGGACAUAGUUGAUGUCCUUUUUGUCCAUAAAAACAGCAAGUUCACUGGUGAAGCUUUUUGUGUUUUGGGUUAUCCUCUUCAGGUUGAUUUUGCCCUUCAGAAGAAUAGGCAAAACAUGGGCAGGAGAUAUGUAGAGGUUUUCAGAAGCAAGAGACAGGAAUAUUAUAAGGCAAUAGCGAAUGAAGUGGCUGAUGCUCGUGGCGGUUCACCUCGCAGAAAUGCCCCAAGGGCCAAAUCUAGUGAUGAAGCAAAGGAAUCUGCUGAACAUACAGGGAUAUUGAGAUUGAGGGGAUUGCCAUUUUCUGCUGGAAAAGAUGAUAUAAUGGAGUUCUUUAAAGAUUUUGUGUUAUCCGAAGAUGCAGUUCAUAUAGUAUUGAAUUCAGAGGGGAGGCCAAGUGGAGAAGCAUUUGUGGAGUUUACAAAUGCAGAAGAUUCUAAAGCUGCAAUGUCCAAGGAUAGGAUGACACUUGGGAGUCGUUAUAUUGAGUUGUUCCCUUCGUUUUCUGAAGAGAUGGAGGAAGCAAUUUCAAGAGGACGGUGAUUCUUCAGACAAUGUCUUUGUUUUUAUUUUCUAUUCUAUACCACUUAAGAUUUCUUACCAUGAUGUUUCUCUUUCCAGCUGGAAUUUUAUUUACUAGCAAUAGGAAGAUAAUAUGUGUUACUCUCUGGGAACUGGUUCUAUGUUACGGGUUAAAUACUGGAAGCUACAAUCUUUUAUUGGGCAUUCACCUGAUAUGUCUAGUCUUUGAUUGUGGCCUUUGGUUACAAGUCGAAUUUUCCUCUGGACAGCCAAUUAGAUGAUAGUUUGCUCUAUGCUAGUUGUAGCAUUAUCUUCAUUCUGUUAGGAAUAACUCGUGAGAUGUUGUACUCUUGUUGGGAUUCUUUUGAUAUUUACUGGGUAAAAAUAAUGUAUGAAUAAGUUCUUUCCUA